AUGUACGAAGGGAUUGACAACCUGAAAUCCCUUUACGACCGUGCCGGGAAGACUUUCUCCGGCGGUCCUUCUGCGGCACAGGAUGUGUCGCGUCGUACUGCUCGACCAGACCCAGUACGUCAACCAUCAAUUGGGAGCGGGGCUCCCAAGAAUCCCAGGACGGGGGAUAGCCGCGCCACCGGACGAGGUAACUCGUCCGACGUCCGUUCACGUCGCGGUGGUUCAACAGCUGCUCUACUAGAUAGCGCUGGCCACCGCGAGAGUCCUCUAAUGGAGGUGGAGGAGGAGGAAAGACGCUCUCCACACGAUCAUGUGGAUCGGUGUGUUCCCGAGAGCAUCUUUGAUCGCGUAACGCAAGGGUUACGCGACGAUCUCGAGCAUGAGCGGAAUAGGCGUCUCCAGAUGUUGGACACUGCCUCGAAGCAUCGAGCUGAGUUUGCCUUUGCUCAGCUUGAGAACGAGAGAUCUCUGACAUCUCUUCGUGACGAGCUAAGGGUAGCUCGUGGGAUUGUUGAUCGGUCUCGGGCUGAGAUAACUGCUCUUCAGACCCUUGUUGAUGCCCACCAUCGGGAGCACAAGGCUCUCUGCGAGAUGCUUGAGCGCAAGGGCGUUCUUCAUCGGAAGAAGCAGCGUACUGAUGGUACGGCUUAA